UGAAGUUAAGGAAUUAAACCUCACGCUCUAAAGAAUGCAUGUGGAUAAACAAAAGUAGAAGAAAACAUGAAAAUGGAAAAAAAACAUCAAAUUACAUAGUAUGGAAAAAAAUUUAAUAAAACAAGUAAUAAAAAAAUAAAAAACAAAAAAAGGAGUUAAUAUAUGAAGUGAUGAAAGCACAUAUACCAACCCUAACCCUCUCUUGUUAGACCUCAUUCUGGCAAAAACACAUCUUCACCUUUGCAAUUUUCUCUCUCUCUUUCUUCCCAUUUCUCUCUCUCCUCUUUUUUUAUUUCUUCAUUUUUCAAUGUUUCUCAUUAAUAUUUAUAGCUUUGUUUAGGGUUUCAAAAACUUCUUUCUUACUAUAAAUUUUUAUUAUUUCACAAAUUUGGUGUAGUUUUGUCUAAGUGAAGAAGGGAAAUUUUUAGCAAAAAUAUUAUAGACAAGAAGAGGUAGGUUUGUUAGAUUUAACCAAAUUACAUUAGAAAAUAUAGUUUUUAAGCAAAAAAAAAUAAAAAUAAAAUACAUUUAUAAAAGAGGUAAAAAAAGUAAAGGUUAAAAAUAAUGGGAAGAGGAAGAGUGGAGCUAAAGAGGAUAGAGAACAAAAUAAACAGGCAGGUGACAUUUGCAAAGAGAAGAAAUGGUUUGUUGAAGAAAGCUUAUGAACUUUCUGUGCUUUGUGAUGCUGAAGUUGCUCUUAUCAUCUUCUCCAACCGCGGCAAACUCUAUGAAUUCUGCAGUGGACCCAGCAUGCUCAAAACACUUGAGAGGUAUCAGAAGUGCAGCUAUGGUGGGGUAGAAAUCAACAAGCCAUCUAAAGAGCUUGAGAGCAGCUACAGGGAGUACUUGAAGCUGAAAGCUAGACAUGAAUCACUCCAAAGAACUCAAAGAAACUUACUUGGAGAGGACUUGGGGCCUCUGAAUGUGAAGGAGCUUGAUCAGCUGGAGAGGCAGCUGGAGACUUCUCUGAAGCAGAUCAGAUCAACUAAGACUCAAUCAAUGGUGGAUCAACUUACUGACCUUCAGCACAAGGAACAUGCACUAAUGGAAGCUAAUAAAUCUUUGAAAACUGAGCUUGAUCGGAUCAUGAUUAAGGAUGCUCAAUACCGACAAUCCUGGGAUGGUACCGACCAGAACGUUCACUAUGGACAACAACACGCUCAAUCUCAGGGGCUGUUAAAUUUCCAGCCCCUUGGUUGCAAUCCUACCCUUCAAAUAGGGUAUAACCCGGAAACUACUGAGCAGAUGAGUGUUGCUACAACACAUGCACAAGUUCCUGGAUUCUUACCAGGAUGGAUGCAAGGUGGAUGCUUUAGUUAGGGCUAACUUUUGCCCUAUGAAAAAAGAAGCAUUACUAUUAUAUGUAACAACUACUUUUGAUUUACCUUGUAUCUUUUGUCUUUUUAUCUGGGUGAAAAUGUAAAUUCCAUCAGCAAGUAUGUGUAACUCCUAAUAAUUCUCAUAAGAGCAUUAGACUCUAAUUAAGGAACUUUUAGACUUUGUUUUAACUUUUGAUUUGUAAUGUAAUUUUGUUUUAAGGAGACUUUAAAGCAGGUGGAAGUAUAUUUUAAGGAGAUGCUCAGGAAUAUUUCUAGUCUUCAGUCAUGGUGAUAUAAGUUUAUUUAUUUACCU